CCUUGCUAGCUUCACCCACCUGGACUAUCCCAGGCUUUUGUGUCCGAUUGUUUCUGCAUUUAAGAACUUCCAUGGACACUGCGUUUGCCUCUUCAUACUAACUUUAGUCAUCCAACAAGAGCUUAACCUCCAUGGCUAAGAGUAACAAGAUUUUCACCAACACCCUCAGGCUCCUUGCCUUGGCUGCCACUGUGGUUGCAAUUGUCUUCAUGGUCACCAGCCAUGACUCUGCCCAAGUCUUGAACUUAACAUUCACUGCAAAAUAUAGCAACACACCAGCAUUCAAGUACUUGGUGAUUGGAGAGGCAAUUGCAGGUGGAUACACCGUUAUAUCUAUCAUUCUCUCGUUCAAAGGCCUGUUUUGGCGCUUGAUUGUAAUCCUAGAUAUGGUCACAACAGUGCUACUCACAUCAAGCAUCUCUGCUGCGUUGGCAAUAGCUCAAGUGGGCAAGAAAGGGAACACUCAUGCUGGUUGGCUACCAAUUUGUGGACAAGUUCCUGAUUUCUGCGACUAUGUGACUAUAGCUCUUAUUGCUGGUUUUGCUGCAGCAAUAAUUUACUUUGUGCUUCUUCUCUGUUCUCUCUAUGUUGUCCUCAGUCCUAUUUUUGUUGCAACACCUUAGAUAAGCUUCCUUUGAGU